UAGCGACAAAUUACGACCACCUCGUGUGCGGAGCCGUUCCCUGGGGGUCCUCAACCUCAAACUGUCUCCCGCCGCCAGACCCUUCCUCUCCCUCACCUCGACGUAACCCCCAAACACUCGGUGCGUUUCCUGCGUCACUGUGUUUGCGAGAGACGGAGAGAGAGCGAGAGAGAGAGAAGGUGAAGCUCGCAUCACGCAGUCACCCUCCCGACCGACGCCCAGACACGCCUGUCGCCGCGAUCUCGACACCCUGUUUUUUCCCGUCGCCCCUCUGCCUCCACCGCUUUUCCCGGAAUGAGGUAGCCUCGAGCCAGGGACGGCGACUCUUCAAUUGAGGCGCCCUCCUCCGGCCCUCGCCGCCUCGGUCGACACCCCAUCUCGAGGAAGCCCCAAUCCUCCACCCUCCUCCGCUCUAUGCUUCAGGACUUGAAUGCUUCUGCUGGCCACCGACCGGCAGACCCAUCUCCGACAAGAAAUAGCGGAAGCACCAGCCCGUCAAAACAGGGCCCGCACCGGCGUGCCCCAUCCGACGGUCAGAUGCUCAGUGCCUCGUCUUCCAACAACCACUCUCUGUUUUCGUUCGGGAGGAAUGGCGCCGCCGCGCAGCCUCCGACCGACGUGACCGACCAAACACCGGCCUCUUUCGAUUUCCUGCCCCAGGUCAACUUCGAUGACUUGCAGAGCAGCUUGGAGUCCGACUUCAAGCUGACCCAGUUCCCAUCUCCAACCGGCCGGGGAUUCAUUCUUGACGAUCAGGGCAUGGGCGACAAGAUGCCCCCGGAAAAGAGCAACAUCGCCCACGGCGGCACCGCCACCAGCGUCCAGAACCCGAUCCAGUCCCAGUCGCAAGUCCAGCAGCCUUCGACUCGGCCCUCGAGGUCGGGAUCCAUUCUCCGACGGCCGAGCACCUCGAGCAGGCCGGCCGCCGCUCCCACCAAUGGCGCCGGACCCUCGAUCGCCGAUGCCCCCACCGCCCCUGCCGCCAUGCGAGCUCGUCGCCAGAGCCACUAUCCGCCUGUGUCCAACACAAACAUUGGGAAACCGCCCAGGAAGUCCGUUGGGCCGGGGAUCCUCGAUAGCGACUAUGCAACGAGAAACCCGCCACGCCGACGCCCUAGUGUGGCAUCCAACGCCGAAACAAGCCGGGCCAUCGCGGACUCGUCCCGCUCCUCGAUAGACGGCGGUAGCCGUCUUAUUUUUGGCGAGCCCGCCCGCGGCCUGAACUCGUCGAGAGCAUCCAAGGCAAAGUCCGUGGGGCCGCCCCCGAGGGUGAGCCAGAGCACUCUUGCUGCUGAUGACAGCAGUUUCUUGGGGUCCGACCAGGCCAAGUCAGCGGCCGGCAUGCCUCGAUCGCCCAGGCUGAUCGGUGCUGGCUCAGCCAAACGUGCAUCAGUCAUGCCAGGCACCGGCCACGCGACCGGGCUCGGUGCUCGGACGAUCAGCCCCACGGACACGCGUAGGAUGAAGCGGAUGUCCACCAAGGGCCUAGUACCAAGCGGAAAUCCCCAGGUCACAGUUGUGCAGUCCCCCUCUGUCCCAGACAUUCGCGCCGUCUCCAGGUCGCCGUCUACGGCUCCGCGCAAAACUUCAACUCCCUCGUCCUCACGAACGACACCAGACCCGAACAGGAAGUCUUACAGCUCCGGCCUAUCGGUGGCCUCUGGUGCCAGCUUCAACACAGUCCGUACCUCGGCUGGCUCCGUUCAGCGUGGCAUGGUGCAGUCCAGCGGCUCCCGGCUCCCUGCCCCGAAGUCGCUGAGCAUUCACAAUCCCCCGAGCCACGACGAUGAGGAGGAUGUGCCCCCGGUCCCCGCCAUCCCCAAGGCGUAUGAAUCACCCAAGGAGUCGCCGGCUGAGAUGUCGUUUUUGGACAAGCGGAAAUCGAACAUGGCUUUCGACGCGAGCAGUAUCCAUAGCACAUCGACUGGCAGCCUUUCUGUAUACCCUACACUAGAGUCCAUGGCGCGCGUCCAGCGGAAAACCAGCACCCGCAAGUCUAGCAACCAGAACAUCACACUCGAUCUCGACAAGAAGGGUAACGUUGCCCAACCGAAGAAGAGCGCCCAGCCGAUGAGUUUACCUCCGAUCACUCUUGGGCCACUGAGUGGGCCCACAGCAGCCAAAAUUGCUGCGUUGCAGGAGCAAGCCUCUUCGAGUCACAACCUAAGUGUUGACAGCCCUCCGCCAAUGAGGCAAAGUUCCAAAACCCCGACGACCCCCAUGACCGCCUCGAAGAGCUCCUUCUUCUCGAGACAUCGAGCGGACAAGACUGAGGUGGCAAGUCUCAGAAGUAGCAGCUCCAUUCAUCGCCUCAGGGACAGCCCUUCGCACACUCUCACGACGAGCUCUACCGAGUCUGUGAGCGCCAUAAACAUCCGACAGCCCCCGCAGAAGCCGACCGUGUCUCCGUUCCUCUCGUCUUCUCUGCCCAAAGGUGGUGCCGAUGGCACUGGGUUUCUGAAGAGGUCCAAGACAGGCAGUAGUUUCAUAUCCAGCUCCGACAUGGGAACGGGCACUACCAUUGCGCAGCAACGGCCCUCUGGCCCCCGGGCCCCUGUCGUUUCCAAGCCCCGCCCUCCAAAAUCGCCUCCGCCGUUGUCUAGCCCAGAGGAGCCCCCGACUCCAGGCUCCAUGACCUCGCUCCGCCGAAAACUGAGCCUCUCCUGGAAGCGAAGCACGUCCAAGGCCAGCGGGAGUCAUCCGACGGCCGACAAGACCGCCGAUAAGCACGACGCCAUGCCCCCACCUCGCCUCCCGAAGUCCUCGACCACGAGUCAACUCGCAUCCAAGCCUCCGAGCCCGAGCUCCCUGGCUAAACCCAUUGGGGGCACCACGUACCUCGACACCAGGCGACGGAAGAGCUCCGCCUCGAGUCUCAAUAUCAUCGUGGCACAGGGUGCGCGUGCCGAUGCCUGGAACGCCAAGAAGGACAUCAACGGCCAGCCAAUCACGGAGCGCCCGCCUCUCUCACAUAGCGCAUCUGUCAUGCACAAGAUUCUCAAGCCCAAGCUGGCGGCCCAAACUCAGCGACAUCAUGAUGGUUGGACCGCAGACCUGGACAAGGACGACAUGAUCGCGGAGGAGGAGAUGAGGAGGUUCGGCUCAAGGCGCAAGGAAACAGAGCUCGCCGCCAAGACGCUGGAUGCUCUGCGCAAGAGGGCCAGCCCCAAGGAGCGGGUGAGCCCUCAGGAUGCCAUUCGGAUCGCCAUGCUGAAUAUCUACGAACGCGGGGAGAUUGUGGACUACAAUGACAUUUACUUCUGCGGUACCCAGAACGCGGCCAAGGUCGUCGGUGACCUGAAGUCGUCCGUUCCCAACUUCGGCUACGAUGACGAGCGUGGAGAUUACACAAUUGUCCCCGGCGACCACCUUGCUUAUCGGUACGAAAUCAUCGAUGUGCUGGGCAAAGGCAGCUUCGGCCAAGUCGUCAGGUGCAUCGACCACAAGACGGGCGUGCUGGUCGCUGUCAAGAUCAUCCGCAAUAAGAAAAGGUUCCACCAGCAAGCUCUUGUGGAGGUCAACAUUCUGCAGAAGCUCAGGGAAUGGGACCCCAAAAACCGGCACAGCAUGGUCAACUUCACCCAUAGCUUCUACUUCCGCGGCCAUCUUUGCAUUUCAACCGAACUUUUGGAUAUGAAUCUCUACGAGUUUAUCAAGGCGAACGCUUUCCGAGGCUUCUCUCUGAAACUCAUUCGCCGCUUCACGAAACAGAUGCUGAGCUCUCUGAACCUCCUGAAGCAGCACCGCGUCAUUCACUGCGAUCUCAAGCCCGAGAACAUCCUCCUGCACCACCCCAUGCAUUCCGAGAUCAAGGUCAUCGACUUUGGCUCCAGCUGCUUCGAAAACGAAAAGGUGUACACGUACAUCCAGUCCCGCUUCUACCGAUCACCCGAGGUGAUCCUCGGCAUGACGUAUGGCAUGCCCAUCGACAUGUGGAGUGUGGGAUGUAUCUUGGCGGAGCUGUACACAGGAGUGCCCAUCUUCCCUGGUGAGAACGAACAGGAGCAGCUGGCUUGCAUUAUGGAAGUCUUUGGCCCGCCAGAGAAGCACCUCAUCGAAAAGAGCACGCGCAAGAAGCUCUUCUUUGACUCGAUGGGCAAGCCCCGCCUGACCGUGUCAUCAAAAGGACGCAGGAGACGGCCGUCCUCCAAGACGCUGCAGCAGGUCUUGAAGUGCGAUGACGAACCCUUCCUCGACUUCCUCGCUAGGUGCCUACGCUGGGACCCGGACCGCCGGCUGAAGCCCGAGGAGGCUAUCCGACACGAGUUCAUCACGGGCGUGAAGGCGUCGAUGCCCGUGCCUCGCAUAGCCGCCUCGCGGGACGGAUCUCCCAUCAAGCGCCACAACACCAUCUCGGUCCCACGACCACUCCCGGACCCUCCCGGAGCUGGCCUCAAGGGCGGCUUGGGGCCACGAGCCCGAGACCUGGUCGGCGCCAGCCCCCACAAGUCGGCAAGCGUGUCCGGGGGCGGGCGACGCGUAUCCAACAUGUCGAAUGCUAGCACCAUCUCGGCGACGGCGAAGCGCGUCAGCACCGGCACGGGGACCCUCAUGGGAACGAGUAACCUGCCCCGAGCAGCAGGUCGUUCCGCUAGUGCCAAGCAGGACCUGGCGGCGGCGGGCGCGACGGCGGCUAUGAAUCGACGAGUUUAGGAGCUGCGCGGAUAGCCAAGGCCAUCAGGCACGGUCGCCUGGUUGGACCUAGGAGAUAUUCUCAGCCUCCCAAACAACGAACCAAGACCCACGACAAGCAUAACACUACACACCACACAAGCGACACUGCUUAACUCAUUCAUUUGUCUUAGUAUUAUACCGCCAUUUCCACUAAUUCUGUCUUUAACUUCUUUUCCCGUUUCCAGCAGGGGCCUCAGGCCUCCCCGUUUCCGACCUGUUUGUACGAACGAUACCCCUUGGCUGUCACUUUGACCACAUGACCGCAGGGUGGCUUGAAAAUUUGGUUUCUUUUGUGUUUAUAGAGCCCCCCAAUCCCCCCAUACAUGCGCCUUGGCUUUCGGUGAAGGGGGAAAAGAUGCAACGGUUUGAGCGCAGGAUGCCGUCGGUGAGCCUUUCUGACGGCACGCGAGAGGCCGGCUUUUGGGGUACAUGAUUUGCGUAUCAACGGGGCACUCGAAGGAAACAUGGCCUUAAUUGUGAAUAGCGGCUCUAGAGCAUAUGGGCAUCCGACGGGGACGGUUAGACACGAGAGCACGAAUGACGAAGACGAGGAAAGGCGAAGUCCGUCCAAGAUAUCAAACAGUAUUCGACUUGGGUCAGCACCUGACCGCGACUCCCAGAUACAAGUGCACCUCACAUAACGACCAUAGGAUCUGUAUUGUCCCAACAUGUACUGUAGGCCGUCUUCCUUAUAUUUUCCUGCCUCACUUUUUGGUUCCCCGGUACUCGAAUGAUCUCACCAUCCUCGUCGCAGAUUACAAUAUUUAUGGGCACCCUCUGGGAUCGGUCAGAGCGAUAUCGACCUCCACGGCGCCGCAAAGUAAUUGGCAAAAUCUUGGGCGACCAAUCGAUUCAGCCCCGCGAAAUCAACCAGCUGAAAAAAUGACGGGAACCCCUGCGCGGGCUCCCUCCGGGGAGGAGGGGAGGGGGGAAGCCAGUAUUUGAUUUGGGGAUUUGCCGGGAGGGUGUGUGGCGCCUUUAUCUACCGGAGCCAGGCCGAAGGGCAGCUGAGAUGCGGGAACCGAACGGCGUGGCCUUCAUGCAGUAAGAGAACGGCAUCUCAGGUUCCCGACGAGAAGGAUGGGAUGUUGCGACAUUCAUUUUCUUGAUUUUUCGUUUUUCUUGUCCAUGUGUUUUUUUUCUUACCUCUUGGGAGGGCUUCUCUUCAUGUCGGCCACCAUUGAUCUUUUGCUUGGCAACAAAUCAAUCACAACUCCCAAUUGCCUGCUG